CAUGAAGCAUAUGCUAGCAUACCUAGCCGUCCUCGCGGCACUCGCCUCAAGCACCAGCGCUGCGGCCAAGCCCGCCCAGAAGGCUUCCCUUACAAGGACCAACCGCGAAUGUAACGGUCAACCUAAUGAGCCCCCCAAGACCGAAACGUUUGGUUUCGUCAAUCUUGUCAGAACUGGCUCGGACAAGCUCGUCGCCAACGUCGUCCUCCAAGGAGGAACCCCCAACGCACAAUUCAAUGUUCGCUUGAUUCAGAUCAAAUAUGGGCAGGCUGUGGACUGCGGGAAGUGUACCGAGGAAGGCGGAACAUUGGCUACGGACAGUUCAGGAAAUGGCAAUUUGAAUAUUCAGGACGCAGUAAACUCGGGGGCAACAUCUGCAUGGGUCGCCCUUAACGACAAGACUCAAUGUAGCAACUUUUAUACUAUUGGUCCACUGUCAAUAGUCUGA